CACUCAGGAGGCUGAUUUCCCAGCACGUCGAACGGAGAAAAGAGUGAAAACGAGAGUUCGAGCCCGGGACGCGGGAAGAUUAACUUUUCGGCUUCCACUUCCUUUUCCAAGAUUUUUCUUCCUCUGCAGAUCACGCCACAGGUUUCUCCUAACUCGGAGAAAAGUCGGGCCGACGGCCAUGCAGAGCAAGAAGAGGAAGAUCCGUCCUUACACGGAACCACUUGACGGAGGAUGGGGAUGGAUGGUUGUCCUGCAUUUCUUCCUGGUGAAUGUGUGCGUGCUGGGAACCCUGAAGAUGUUUGCCAUCUUCUUCGUGGUUUUUCAAAGAGAGUUCGAUGGCUCCUCUGAGCAAGUCAGCUGGAUUGGCUCCAUCAUGUCUGCGCUUCGCCUGGCAGCAGGCCCAUUGGUCGCCGUUGCCUGUGAGAAGCUGGGGGAUAAGUGGAUAUCCAUUCUGGGAGCACUCCUGGUUAGCGGAGGAUGUCUCAUCAGCAGCAUGGCCGUGAGCAUCUCCUUCCUCUGUGUGUCCAUGGGACUUCUACUAGGGCUGGGAUUUUCCUGCUUGUACCAGACUGCGUCUGUGAUGACGGCUAGGUAUUUCAAGAAACGCUUGGCUCUUUCUAUUGCUAUCGCCCGAUCAGGGAUGGGGCUGACCUUUCUGAUGGCACCUUUCACUCAAAUUCUGAUAGACAUGUACGACUGGAAAGGUACCCUUCUGAUAUUGGGAGGGAUUGUUCUACACUUGGUGCCCUCUAGCAUGCUCUUGCGACCUAUUAAUCUCAAAAGCAAGGAGCCUUCUGCCGCUACAGGGGAAGACCGACGACGGCCGUCACAAAGUCCGGCCCCUGCGGACGGCCUCGAUGCAAUCGGCCCCGAUGAGACACCCACGCACCUCGCUAGAUCGGAGCCUCCCGCCCCAGACGGGGCUAUGAACACUCUUGGGCGAUCCGGCACAGAGAACCCGAUAGGGUCUGAACCCCCUUGGGAAAAAGAAGUCUUCAUCGAGGGGUCGAACCAGCAGCGGGAACUCCCGCGGACAGAAGCGGAAAAUUGUGACCGAAAGACAGCUCUGUGCCACCAUAAGCAGCGGCUCAUUGACUUCUCAAUUCUUAAGGACCCUUCCUUCUGCAUUUUCACCUGGUCUUUUGUAUUUGUCCAGUUUGCAUACUUCAUUCCCACCUUCCACCUUGUAGCCAGAGCCAAAACACUUGGCAUUGACCCGAUGGAUGCCUCCUACCUCGUUUCAACAUCUGGUAUCCUGGAAGCUGUCGCCCAAGUUCUCUCCGGCUGGGUUGCUGACCAGAACUGGACCAAGACAUAUCAUUAUUACAUAGCUUACCUCAUCCUGAACGGUGUCACUAACUUGCUUUGUCCUCUCGCCACAACGUUCCCACUCCUCAUAACCUACACCAUCUUCUUUGCCAGUUUCUCCGGUGCCUUCCUGGGGUUGAUCCUUCCUGUACUGGUCGACAUGGUUGGAAUUUCCAGGAUGCAAGGUUCUUUGGGAUUUGCCUCUUUCUUUGCGGGGCUGGCCUCUGUUGCCGGUCCACCAAUAGCAGGUUGGCUGUACGAUCACACCCAGACAUAUGCCUGCUCUUUUCUCUUUGCUGGGGUCUGCUACCUUCUCUCACCCUUGUCCUUCUGGUUUGUGCCUUUGGCCCUGAGAUGGAAGAAAAAAACAGAAGCUGCACAGGGAGGAAGAGAGCUCCCCUAGGACUUCAACCAAGAACCGAAUCCUGAAAAAACAACCAACCAACCAACAACAACUCGUAUCUGCUGCUAACAAUAGAAACCACUGGUGGAAAUUAAGACAAUUAGAACUGCGGGAAUAGUCUACUAAACUCAUUGUUCCAGUGAGCUUUGGUAAAGGGGACAGAAAACAACUGCCCUUUGGAGAGCUGGGUAAGGGCAGCAAAACAAGACAGACCUUCUCGGAGCACCUGGAUUACAACUUUAAAAAAAACACCAAAAAAAGUUUCAAGAAUAUUGAAAAGACCUUUCCAAUCUCACAAGCCCUUUCUUUUACGUCUCACCUGCUAUCACUCGAGCUUGAGAACUAGGUGCCUCUUUAGAACCGGGUUUGUGUAUCAAUCAACGGUAUUUCCUGAGUGCUUACUGGGUGCAGAGAACUAUACUAAGCGCAUGGUAAAGUACAAUACAAUAGGCACUUUCCCUGUAUAUGACAUGAACAGCUUCAUUUCUCUUAAUUACAUACUCUCUUGACCAAAAGGUUGCCUGGAAGCUCACUAUCAUUCCCCAUAAAAUAAUAAUUACGGUAUCUGUUAAGUUCUUAUGAUGUAUCAAGUACUGUGAGAAACACUGGAGCAGAGCUAAGUUAAUCGGGUCAGACACAGUCCCUGUCCCACACGGGCCUCACGGUCUAAACAGGAGGGAGAACAGGAAGCACGAAACAAUUGCGUUGGGAAACAGACUCUUGCGAUGUAAGGGCUUCUCUGACUAGCAAGAAAGAAGUGAUGGGUCUGUAAGGAUACAAAAUU